AUUCGUCGCGUGGCACUGAACGACAUAACAAUAUGUUUGGAAAUCAUCUGUAGAUUAACAUGAUUAAGAAAAUUAUAGUUUUUAUCCUCAUCAUAUAUAUAAAACUACGUGCAUAAAAAUGAAUGAGUAAGCAUUUGAUUUUUUGCCCUCUUAAUGCAAAUAAGAUCGCCAAAUUCUUUUGCAGUCCAGUAACUGCAGGCCUAUAGGCUGCGUACGCCCCAUAUCUCAUAGCCAAAAGCACCAUUCAGAAUUUCGAUGUUUUCAAACAAGUCUCAUUUAGUUUUCUGGCGAGGUGUUGCCAGGGUAGCACUUUGAGGACUUUCUUUUGGCGUCUUUCACGAGUACAGAACCGGGGUUCGAGCUCGGGCCGCAGUGUCGAGGGGCCAGUGUGAUAGCCACCAGCCCACCUGUGCUUCACGAUGGUUUGAGUAGUGUCCGUGCGAAACAAAGCCACAUCUAUUCCGAUGACUGCAAUCUGUACUCAUUGCUUAAAGGAUGUCCAUCUGACACUCCUUUGUUUUGUUUUGCGUUAAAAAUGCAUGGUCUAUUUGCAAGAUAAAUAACCAUUCACAAUUGAAUAAUUAUACUUUGACGACAAUUUUUUAUUGAAAGGACUUCAGUUUAUACUUGCUUGAAUUAGCCGAUGGAAAUGGAUGCUUUGUGUCACUCGGUAUUGAGCGGGGGUGUAAAAUGACGGCGUGAUUGGCCUUCUUAAAGGUCGUUACUUCGAUUCGUUUAUGUCUUUCCGUUCAUUAAUACCGCGGAAACAGCAGUUAAACAGGUUUAUUCACCGGCGAAAUAAGAGAUGAAACGCGCGCAUCGAGUCCUACCACCAAAUACCCCGAUCAAAUUGCUCUCAAAGACAACUGUGCUCUUUCAAAACAAAACAAAUCAGUUUGGUUGCCAAUAAGGCCUUUCAGUUACAUGUUUCUUUAGAAAUUGAGGUGUGAAGUCCAUUUGUCCGCACAUCCUACCUUAGACUCUGGGCAUAUAUUAAGAAACUUGAAGUCUGGGCUAACGUUUCAUAACAACAGCAACAAAUAACACGAUAUAAAAAAAAAUCAACAUGCAAAAUAUAUUACAGCUUGCUCAAGUAGUAUGUGGACCGCGUAGAGAAUUCUACGAUUGGCUACUAACUUUAAAUUUUCUCCACACCCUCUACUGCGGGAUGUGUGGAAUUAACAUGGAGCUUAAAGAAAGAGCAACACAUAUCGAUGGUUAUCAGUGGAAAUGUCCGCGUUGCCUUAUUCGUAGGAGCCUAAGAACCAACAGCUUUUUCGAAUUGUUUCCCAAGACGCCCCUUUCGAAGCUCGUUGUUCUCAUAUAUUUCUGGUCGGUGGAAGUUUUACAAGUGCAGGCAAGCACAAUGUUAGGUAUGACACCUCAAAUGGUUGGAAAAGUCUGCAGGGCCUUAAGACUAUUGUGCUCGCGGGAUGUCGUCGAUCGCCCAGUCUAUCCGUUCGGCGGCCCGAACCAUGUUUGCAAGUGCGACGAAACCGUUAUUUCGUUCAAGCGAAAGUAUGGCAGAGGAAGGAUAUCCCGACAAAGAUGGGUGUUUGGUCUGGUGACUACGGCCUUCCAGCCUUGCCGAGGGUAUUACACUGUUGUAAACAAGCGAACGAGAGAAGUCUUGGCGCCGAUUAUUCAGGAAGUCCUUCAGCCAGGAAGUGUUCUCCAUUCGGAUGACUGGGGGGCAUACAGGAACAUUACUGCUCAUGCUCCCAACGUUUCCAGUCACCGGGUGGUGGUCCAUAAAGACUAUUUCGUCGACCCGGUGACUGGAGUCAACACUCAAGAGAUAGAGUCUACGUGGGCAAGAGUGAAAAGAAUGGUAAAAAGCAAAAAAGGGAUCCCUACAGCUGAUCUGCAAAGCCACCUAGACGAAGUGAUGUGGAGACAAUGGCGAGGAGAAAAAUGCCCCUUCGACAACAUGGUACUUUUAAUUAGUCGGUACUACCGGAAUACCACAAUUUAAAGCCGAUCCCAAUAUUGAAAUACUCCGCCUAUAAUAACACAUUGGGUUAGGCAUAGGUUUCAGAUAACUACGAUCUCUUUUGAAUCAAUGGCCCUUUGUCAGUAUUAUAUAGUAUUCUGAUCACGGAUUUUUCAUUUUGUUUGUAAAUUACUAAGUUAUUUGGUCUAAAAUUCACCGGAAGUGUUGAUUUCACAUGCCUUUGUAAUUGCUCUAUUGUAAAAGGUGAACCCUUUAUGGGUCGACACCUAUCAUUUUUUUUCUUUUUCGCUUCGUACUGAUCUAGUAUUGUCAUUUUACUUAUCCGAUAUUUUUAGCCUAAACUUAAAUUUUCUGAAUUAAAAAAGACCUUCCACAUUUAUUUAGAACAGCCAAGCGAUGGGUUUGAGUUUAAAAUCACAUGCAACAGAUUACAUGCUUGGCACACCGGUAACGAAGCGUAAGUUUAUGAGAAAUCAACAGUUCCGGUGAAUAUGAGCGGCGAAGAUAUCCACCCUUAUAAAAGUCAGGUAUAUUUUCCCAUUGGAGUAAAUAAAAAACUAGAUUCUAAAUCUGUAUCCGGAGAAAAUGAAUCGCGCAUUCUUAUCGACAUCAACCAACAUACAUUUAAGUGUCUCAGGCAUUUUCACCUCCCCACUACGUCGGCUUCUUUACAUAACGGCUCUAAAGACUCGCGCACCCAGAAGUAGAACAGAAUCAUUUUCUCUCUAGCUGCAUAGCUUACCUGGGUAUAAUCGAGAAACUAUCCUUUGCAUAGAUAAUAACUAUUUCUUUAGCGCGCCCGCUUCUUAAUUGCCGUUUGUUCCUUAUUCGGCUCGCGCGCGAUUCGCCGGCCAUUGUUCACUACUCUAUUGUAAAUACAACCCCUCAACCGGCUUUGUUGUGCAUUACUUUCAAGAAGAACUCAUAUUCCAUUGUAUUACAUUAGAGUUCUAAUUUUAUUUUGAAUGAAAUAAACGGUCAUUUUACCAUUACACCAUUGCAGUAAAAUAAUUAAAUCACAUGAGCGGCGGAUCAAUACAUAUAUUCCCCUAGGACGUUAACUCAGACGUUAUAAAAUACAAAUGGAAAUAGAGAUGGAGUACCAUCUAACAACGCCAUACAUUAUAGCAAAUCGAUAUACCCAUUGUAUUUAAUUUGCCAAGUAAAAUAAAACAAACGUUUCCCAACCGCAUUUCUA